AUGACCAAAGCAGACGUGAGACCAGAUUUGAAUUCGGGUCUCGAGCAACCUACAACCUCGACCUCGAAGAAGGAAAAGAAGAGGAAACCCUAUGUGAAGAGAGCAUGUUUGAGUUGUCAUUCAGCACACGUGGCUUGUGAUUCAGAGAGACCAUGUAGGAGAUGUAAGAAGAAGGGAAUACCUUGUGUCGAUUACAUACCCUCCAAGAAAUCCAAAUCAAAGGCUUCAACUUCGGAUGACGAGUCCGAGCAACAACAAGUGCCUGAACACGACCACCAAUAUUCCGAACCAUCCAACAACAACGCCGUAGGAGAUCAUCCAACCACAUUACCACAUGAUACAGUAUCAUCAACAACAACAACCAAUACAAAUGGUACCGCUGAACAACACCCCCGUCCAUUCUCAUCCCCCGAAAAGUCUCCCACCACCCGAACAAGGAAAAAAAAGUCUCAAGAAAAUGCUGUGUUGAGAGUGGAGGCACCUUCUUCCAAUUUUUUCAUAGACAGUGAACAUCCAACAACAACAUCUUCAUGCAUUUCAAACCCUUCUGCAAAAUAUGAGAGCAGUCUUGCUGCUUCAAAGUCCAGCUUGGUUCAACAUGCAUUGUCCUUAUCGGAAAAACAAAAUCAAAGGAAAACACUACCUGUUGUGGAAAACCAAAACCCUCCAGCACCUUAA